AUGCUCAUCUGCUAUGCAAUAGUGUCUUAUGUUGUCGGUCUCCUCGUAUUCAUGCUACAACCUCUGUGGCAGACACAGUGGGACAAUGGAGACAAGUGUUUUAGUUUCGUUAUCUGCAAUGAGGGCUACACCGUUGAUCGCUACAUUCACAGACGGAAUGAACGGUAUAACGUCCAGCCCUGGGACUAUGCACGCAUCCCCGAAGUCUUUGGUGCUAACGAGAAAUAUGAAGGGUACCCGCAUCAGAAUGAGAAAUGA